AUGAAGAUCUCCACUUCGAUUUUUCGGCAUGGAUGCGCGUGGAUCUUCAUGUGUAUUGGGUUUGUGGAUGCGAAUGCAAAUACAGAUGCGAGGGUAGAUGAGAAGAGAAACACACCCCUCUAUGAUUUCCAAGCCCGGAAUCGCGAUACUAUCAGUCAAAUAUACAACACAACGAUUUAUCCUAACAAUCUACCGAUUCUUACGAAUGGGUCGGCGGCUACACCAAAGGGAUUGUUUAAUGAGAAUGCCACAGGACGUAUUUCCCCCCUCGGAAACUUCACCGGUUUCGACGACUCUACUGAGUAUUUCUUUGCUCUUUCUCCUAUUCCCGGUAAAACUGGGGUUGGGAUCUUGCAACCAAACUACAACGCCUUCACAUCCUACGAACUACACGCCUUCACCUCGGGCUGUCCAGAAGUAGCAAGUACAAUCGCAUAUCUCAACACCACGAUUGUGAACCCGGCUUCUGCUUCACAUGGACAAUAUGUUACAAAGAUCAAAGAAAUUGCUUUUUGGCGAUUCGACAACAAAGGAGCCGUCCUCUACUACGACGCCCAAAUCCCCAAUCUCUCCCUCUGGUUUUCCAAAUUCACCGGCGCCGAUAUAUCGAAUCCCGCGGUUCAGGCUCUUGAUAUCGUGACGAAUCUGUGUCCGCAGAUACAGGCGAGAUGUACGGGUGCGAAUCGGGUUUAUUCUAGCGAUACCGAAUGUAUAGCGACGCUUUUGGCGAAACGGUUUGGUACUUUUGAUGAGACGUGGGGGGAUAAUAUUGUGUGUCGAUUGGUACAUGUUGUUUUGACACAGGUUAGACCGGAGGUACACUGUCCCCACGUCGGCCCAACAGGCGGUAUGAAAUGCGUUGAUUACGAUUACAACCAAGGGUAUCUGGCAGAUGACUUGGCACUGUUUGGUAGUAAUGAUGCUUUUCGGUGUCCUGGGGAGUAG